AUGAAUUAAUAUCAUUUAGGCUUCAUAGAUCCUAAAAUAGAGAAUUUGUACUAGCAAUAAUAAUAAUCAAAUUCAAGAUCAGGAGUAUUUAGGUUUAUGUCUUUUGGUUUAAUGAUCACUUACACAAUUAGGGUCAUGUAUUGUUUAAUUGAGAAAAGCGAUUUCCUGUUUUAUUACAAGCUUGCUAUGCUGCUAUAUGUGAUUGUACAAUAUAUAAUCGUGUAAUGGUAACCAUAGUUAACAAGGAUGGCAUUUCUUAUAACCAAUAUUUGUACUAUGGGUCUAGUAAUUGAAGAGGAGAGUUCUCCAGAAAUUCAAAAUCUAAAAGGAGCAAAUCUGAUGACUGUUAAUAUUAUGCUGGUAUUAUCUGGGGAGUUUUUUGAUUCAGUCAUUUAAUUAAUUGUAAUAACAACUUUAAGAAUUUCAUUGCCAUAUAUAACUACAAAUAAUUAAAAUUAUAUGAUCCUUACGAGCACUAUAUUAGCUAAUUUAUCGUUUUUAUUUUACGCCUACACAUAUCACAAAGCCAAGAGAUCCCAAUAUUUAUUAGGCUUGGUGGAGAAUGGUUGGGAUAAAAUAUUUUAUGAAUUGGUUAAAGAUCCUUAUAUCUUGCUGAAAUUCUCUUAUUCCAACUUAAACUUUACUGUUUAAAAGCAGAACAGAUUUCCGUUUAAGAAUUGCCUUGACUUCGACGAAGACAUACCGUAAAGUGAUCAGGAGGAAAGAACUAUAAGACAUUUCUUAUAGAAUGCCUCUUUAGGUAAAACCUCCUUGUCAGAACACAUAUAUGGCAGUAUUAAGAAAUUCCAAAUGAAUUGCUAUGAACAUUUCAAUUAAAUCCUGAGAGUUCGAUUUAAAAGAUAGCUUUUAUAAAUUGAAAUGUCUAUAUUUUAAGCCAAAAACCCAAUGAUUUUAUUGAGGAUCAAUUCAAUAAAUAAGCAUUCUAUAAAGUAACUGAGGAAAUACAAAAAGAGAUUCAUAAUAUACAACAAUACAAUGAUAAAUCUACUAUCAAAGGUAGAAUAAGACACUAAAAAUUCUAUUAUUAUUAAAGAAACAAGAAGGAAAUUAAUCCUUGUUAAAUUGAUAGAAGAGUUAUACGAUCAUCAAUAUCAGUUUAACAUGGUCAAUUUAUAAUUCGUAAUAAGAUAAAUAGAGAAUCUGUAUCCUGAUAAAAACAUACAGUUCCAAAAUGCUAACAAAAUAGAGACACUGUUUACAAUUCCAAAUGCUCUAUUCAUGAUAUUAUUGAGUGUUUUUGAGAAUAGUGACAAAGAAUUGAUUUAAUGUAAUCUGAUAAAUUUGAAGGAGGAGAUGGAGAUAAUGAUCGAAUUCAAUGGGAACUUUUAGGCCCAUAAAAUACUAAAGAUUUAUUAGAGUACAAAAUAUCAUAUUCGAUUGUUAGUUUCGAGUUUAUAUAUAUCCCCAAAAUUGGUGUAAUUUAUCCUAUUCUCAGAACCUCUAUGUUCGUCUAAUCUUGAUAUCUACACCUAUGAAUACGAUGACUUACUAUCGAGUGAACAUUGA